UCAGGCUGACAUUUUCAAGUCCAGAAAACUACCCCACCAAUCCACCUUUAACAUUAUUAUUUUUUGCACAAUAUUAUACAUUCAUUAAAGGCUGAAAUUGUCUAUAUUAAUGUUGUAAAUCCAGUGCAGUGUCAAUAUUGUUAUAUUAAUUUUAAAUUGAAUUUACAAAAUAUGUCCAUAAUGACAUUGCAUUCUUUUUGACAUUGCUGUUGUUGUUCUCAUAGUUUCAGCCUGCUGUCAAGGAAAUGUGUUCUGCCUGUCUGAAACCAGUGUAUCCAAUGGAAAAAUUAGUGGCAGGAAAACUUGUACUUCAUAAAUUGUGUUUCUGCUGUAAACACUGCAAGAAGAAGCUGAGUAUUCACAAUCAUUCAGCUCUUUAUGGGGAGUUCUAUUGCACAACCCACUACCAGCAGCUGUUCAAGCGUAAAGGAAACUAUGACGAAGGCUUCGGCCACAAACAACACAAAGACCGCUGGCUCCUGAAGACAGAAACAGACACAGCCACGCCAGAGACCAAGACCAGUCAGAGGUCACAGACAAAAAACAAGGUUAUUCCCAUGGAUGGCUCUCUGGCAUCUCCUACUGGCGUUACUGGUUCAGUGCAAAAGAACAGGGACACCAUAAAUGCAGGCAGUCCUGAUAGCAGGAACAAGUUGAAAGUAAGUUGGCCUCCUGAGAAAAAAGUUAACAGAGGCAGCCCAGCGCUGAAAGAAAAUUCACCUAUGAUGCGACAUCAAACUACUGACAGACAUAAUGUCAGCACUCUCUUUUCUCCCAACAAGGAGCAAGCUGCAAAACAUGCAACAAAGUCACAUCACACUGAGGUCACUAAGAAAGACCAGUUGUCACCAGUAAGAAAGACUGACACUACACUUCCUGCUGCAGAAACCUUCAAAAUGACAAGACAGAAGCAGUUUGAGCAUGUAGAUGCAACUCAUUCACAGAAAACUAAAACCCCACCAAAGCACUCUGAAUUGAUCUCUCACAACAAACCUCCAACAGCCUCCCCACGUCAGCCUCCCCACAGGACCCUGCCGAAUUACUCUGCACCAGUAACGCCAAAGACAAACCACUUAUCCAGUCAAACCCCAGAUAAACUAAAGAAAUCUGUCAGAUUUGCAUCAGCAAUUGAAACAACAGUAGAAAUAAAUAAUGAAAACCUAGUUUCAGAUGCGGAAAGUGAAAACGAAGAUGUGUUCUCUGUCAGAGAUACAGCCAACAGUUCUAUCAGGGCUGUGAAUGCAGAUGAGCACACUGUAAUAACAGAGGAAAACCAGUCUGAAGGGACUCCUAAUCGUUAUGACACCUUCCCCAGUGACAAUAGCAGGAAAGAUAGUGGCAUUCAGCACAUGUUGCAUUCAGACAGUGAAGAGGCCUGGAACCCGCCCACUGCUGAUGUGAAUGGGCAGUCUGAGGUACUUCAAGCGGGGAGGGAGAUGGAUGCAGUCACAGCGGUUAGUAGUGUCAACGAGAGAGAUGAUUCUAGCAUCCCCCCUAAUACUGCUGUGAAUGUGCAGUCUGAGGCACUUCUAGCUAGGGGGGAAAUGGAUGCUGACGCAAUGGUUCGCGGUGUCAGUGAGGAAGAUAAUUUGAGUAGUCAUGAUGCAGCCUUGGAGAUGUCAACCAGCCAUGAAGAGGCUGGAAUUAAUAUAAGUCAUGCUGAGAAAAGAGGAUCAGAUUCACUUGAAAACGAAAUGCAGAAGAGUAAUCUGCAACCCGUCACUGAGAAGGGAAACAAACAGGAGGAAGCAACAGAACCUCAGGUGCCUAACAACCAAUCAGUGCCUGCUGAGAAAUCCAAUGUGAAAACGAAACAGGAGAAGACUAGCGCUCCGAGAGGAUCAUGGUCCAAGGGGAAAAGCCCCCUCUCCAAACUUUUUGCCCCCAACACAAAAGAGAAAUCCCCCAAGAGUGAAGCUGUGGACAACAAGAAGUCUGAUGGCAGGCCCAAAAAUCUCCUGAGCAAGCUGUUUCAGACUUCCUCAGACACAAAAAAAGAGCCAGAGCUCAAAACGGACAUGCCAGCCACAGCGAACAACAAAAUUGAGGAAAAUGUUUUGUUGGAAGAGAAGAAUGACAGUCCUGUACAGCGCAAGGAAAAUGAGUCCCAUACAUCUCAAGCUCUCAUUACCACUGAGGACCAAAGUGGUCAGGAACAGCCUGUGACGGUAGAGAAGAAUCGAAAUGAUGAAAAUGAACCAUCUUUAAAUGGUUUCCCCCAUCAAGCAGACAGUCUGGCUGCAGUAGAUGUUUUGUCCUCCGACUCAGACAGGCCUUUGGUCAUGGAGGAUAGCAGCUUGGCAGAUAUCCCAACUUCAGCACCCUCAACAGUUGACACAAACACAGAAGAGUCCUCAGCAGUGGCCUUUGAUGUGUUUGGGGAACAACCACUGGGGCAAGAGGACCAUGGAAAUGUAACAACAGUUAAACAUGGAGAAGUUGACAUCAGUGAAGAUCCAUUUGGGGCACCUCUUGUAGAGGCAGCGGCUAGUGAUAUUUUAGGGGCUCUUUCCACAGAAUCCUCUGAUGUUCACUCUGCUGGUGACCCGUUCGGCUUGACCAGUCCUUUUAAUUCAGAGGCACAGCUUGACAUAUUCAGUUUAAAUGACACAACUGCCCCUUCAAACCAAAUAACUUCUCAGCACCAGGAGGUGUUUGAUUUCAUGAUGGAUUCCAGUGCCAACCAAACGCAGAAUCUGUUUGAAGAACCUACCCCUCAACAGGAUGCCUUUGACCUAUUUAGCACUGAUACCAUACCACCGCAAUCUACAACUGCAACUGAGUUAACAGCAGAUGGAUCAAACACCUUUCUCAACCCUCUCAGUGAUGAUACAUUAGGAACUGGCCAAACAGGGUCUAACACUGGGGAUGUGGCUGUGAAUGAUACACAACCCACCCCUCAACAGGAUGCCUUUGACCUAUUCAGCACUGAUACCAUACCACCACAAUCCACAACUGCAACUGAGUUAACAGCAGAGGGAUCAAACACCUUUCUCAACCCUCUCAGUGAUGAUGUAUUAGGAACUGGCCAAACAGGGUCUAACACUGGUGAUAUGGCUGUGACACAACCCACCCCUCAACAGGAUGCCUUUGACCUAUUCAGCACUGAUACCAUACCACCGCAAUCUACAACUGCAACUGUGUUAACAGAAGAUGGAUCAAACACCUUUCUCAACCCUCUCAGUGAUGAUGUAUUUGGAACUGGCCAAACAGGGUCUAACACUGGGGAUGUGGCUGUGAAUGAUACACAACCCACCCCUCAACAGGAUGCCUUUGACCUAUUCAGCACUGAUACCAUACCACCACAAUCCACAACUGAAACUGAGUUAACAGAAGAUGGAUCAAACACCUUUCUCAACCCUCUCAGUGAUGAUGUAUUUGGAACUGGCCAAACAGGGUCUAACACUGGGGAUGUGGCUGUGAAUGAUACACAACCCACCCCUCAACAGGAUGCCUUUGACCUAUUCAGCACUGAUACCAUACCACCACAAUCCACAACUGCAACUGAGUUAACAGAAGAUGGAUCAAACACCUUUCUCAACCCUCUCAGUGAUGAUGUAUUUGGAACUGGCCAAACAGGGUCUAAUACCAUGGAUGUGGCUGUGAGUGAUAAACAAGCUCUAACUGAUCCAUUUGACACCUUUCUGGGACCAGACAAGGAACCAACAGUCACUUCUAGCAAGCAAGACAAUGUUGUUGACACACUCCCACUUACUCCUGGCAUUUCCCAAACAUCAGCUGAUCUCGUGGAUGGAUUUCUGGAUCCUAGCACUGUGAACACACCAGAAACCAAGGAAGGUGGAAGUGACAGUAACUGGAUGGAUGAUUUCCUGAGCUAAUGUGAAAAGGCUGAGACAUUGUUAAUUUACCAAACAUGCACUGACCCAUAAAACCUGUAUGGUAUAUUGACAUGGUGUUAUUUCUUUCUGUUCAUUUCUGUUGUUUAUUUUUCACACACCCACCAUUUCUUCCCUCAAAGCUCACCAAUUGAAAACACUAUAUACAGUAUUUAUAGUAAUGACUUAUUUUGUAAGAAUAUUGUCAUUAAAAUCAGAUUUUCAGAAUUAUCAAGCAGUACUCAAGAUCAGUAGUAACACAGUAAGUUUCACUGUGGAUGAUUAGACAAACAUGUUUUCUUGGAUCAAAAUGUUAUUCUUUUACAAAACCUAUUUACAUUUUAUCUAUCUCAUAACAAAUCAAGGGAAGUCGCCAUUAAUGGUUGUAACAAUAAUCUGAAAUACUUGAAGAGAAAGUGACAUGAUUGUUUUGAUAAUGCAUAUAGGCCUGUAAGAAUUGUUGAUUAUAUCUUGUGAAAAGCAUAUUUUAUUAUACAAAAUACUGAUAAUACAAGCACUUCAUGUAUACAAAAACUGUGGAUGUGCUGUGAACAUUUUUAAUAAAUGACACUCUUUUGCA